UCUCACUGUGUGAAUGCGAGUCAGCCGGCGAACCAGUCAGCGAGAGAGGCAAAGUGUGUGAGUGUGUGAGGUGCAGAGUCUGUGCUCGUGUUGGUGUGUGUGUGAGUGUGUGUGUGUGUGUGUGUGUUACAGAGAGAGAGAGAUUGUGUCAGUGUAGGAGAAGCCAGGCAGCCGGUGCAGUGUUUUAAAGUGAACGAUACAUCCUGCUCGGCUCCUCUGCCUCUCUUUGGACUAUACCACUAACAGGGACUCACCCUUUGGACUAUCCCGACUAUCCCUUCCCUCUUGGAAGGGAACACCUGUGUGUGUGUUGUGUGGUGUGUGUGUGUGAGCCAAGACAACGGACUUAGCCCUGGUGAAUCAGUGGAUGACUUCAGUGGAUGAGGGUUUUGCUGGUUGGAAGAGGGGGACUGCUGACCAUGGACUCCCCUCACUAGUAAACGGGGGCGGUGAGGAAGAGCGGAAGUGUACGGUCAUCAUGUGCACGCGAGCCUAUCCUGACCUCGUCCCUGAGUGCCAGCUGUUCCCGGGAGAGUUUGAGGAGGAGGUGGCAGACGAGGGCAGGGAGAGGGAGUCAGACAGAGACAGCGCAGUGGAAAGCACCCAAGGGUCAGACACCUCGGACGGGCCGAUCAGACCUGGAGACAAAGAAGACGCACUGGGUGAUCUCUUUUUCCCUGGGGAGAAGUGUGGUCAGACCAGCGUCUCAGUGACCUCUGACCUAUCAACGCGUUCCUCCGCAUCUCUGAACGAGGAGCAGUUUGAGGACUACGGAGAAGGGGAGGAACCGGACUACAUUCCCAGCAGCCCCUGUCCGGACGACGAGACUCGAACCAACGGGUACUCCGACCUCGGCUCAUCCGUUCCCUCUAGUGCGGGCCAGACUCCUCGUAAGGUGCGUCAGCAUUACAACGGCGAUCUGAUGGAUGUCUACUGUUCUCAGUGCAGCAAAAAGGUCAACCUGCUGAAUGACCUGGAGGUUCGCCUCAAAAACCUCAAGUCUAACAGCCCCAACAGGAAAAUCUCCAGCACUGCUUUUGGAAGGCAGCUGCUUCAUAACAGCAACUUGAGCAGCAGCAACGGCAGCACGGAAGACCUUUUCCGAGACAGCAUCGACUCCUGUGACAUCGACAUCAAUGAGAAGGUGAGUUCUCUGGAGAAGAAGGUGGCAGAACUCGAGCAUGAGAUUCUGAUGAACGGUGAUCUCAAGUCCAAGCUGAGGCAGGAGAACACACAACUAGUACACAGGGUUAAUGAGCUCGAGGAGCAGCUGAAAGACCAGGAGACGCGAGCAGAGCAAAAUACGCAUGAGGGGCUAAGACGACACCGAGAGUCCUACAGCAAGAUGGAGAGAGACAAGAACACACAGAUAGAGCUGCUGACCAGCCGAGCUAAGCAGGUGGAGGAGGAGAACAGUGAGAUGAGUCUGAACAUGAGCCGACUCAAAUCACAGACAGAGAAACUGGACGAGGAGAAGCAAAGGAUGACAGACAAGCUGGAGGACACCAGUUUGCGCCUGAAGGACGAGAUGGACCUCUACAGGAAAAUGAUGGACAAACUGAGACAGAACAGAUACCAGUUCCAGAAAGAAAAAGAGGCCAUGCAGGAGCUCAUAGAGGACCUGCGUCGAGAGCUGGAGCAUUUGCAGCUCUUCAAGCUGGAGGCAGAGAGGCCUGGCCGCAGUCGCAGCUCUUCCUCUGGGCUGGCAGACUUCAACAGCAGGACCAGGGAGGUGGAGCUGGAGCACGAGGUCAAGAGGCUCAAGCAGCGAUUUGUGCCCCAGGACUUUCUCCCAACUGAAUUCCAGCACCUGGUGUUGUCUGGGGCUCGGCUCCGUCCUGGUCUGAUGGAGAACCAGAAGCUGAGGGAGCAGAACGAUGAGCUCAACGGUCAGAUCCUCAGCCUCAGUCUGUAUGAAGCCAAGACCCUGUUCGCCACACAGACCAAGGCCCAGUCUCUAGCUGCUGAGAUAGAAAACGCCUCCAGAGACCAGUUAAUGGAAGCCCUGAAGGAGCAGGAAGAAAUCAACAUCCGUCUGCGUCAGUACAUGGACAAAAUCAUCCUGUCCAUCCUGGACCACAACCCCUCCAUCCUGGAGAUCAAGGUCGACUAGCAGCGACUCAACUGGGAUGAGAAUCAUUCUCGGGAGUCUCGGGAGAAUGAGGAUCAUUCCAGUUGUUUGAUCGGAGCAUGCAAACCCGAGUCAGGAACCUGUACAGGAGAGCAGAGAGAUCCAGGGUCAGUCUUAGAAACUGGAACAUAUAAAUAAAGAAGCAUCGCCCCCUGCUGUUUGUGGCGGGAAAAUGACUUCCAGAAUUGGGCUCUGUGCUGAACUAAAGGGAGUUUUCUCUGACUGCAGGUCAUACUACUGUGACUCUUCAACUUGAUCCACCCUGCUCUGUUUUUAUUUGCUGUGAACUGUAGUCACAGCUUUGAUCUCAUGUGACAAAACAGGUGAUUUCUUCCCAGGAAUAUUCUGCGCUCAACAUGCUUUGAGGAUGGACAGUCACUCGAUGUAGUACACUGGACAUAAAAACUGGAACAAUGUAACCUGACGUGGAUACUACUGUAUCCUGGUGUAAUAUUAGCUAAGUUAUCCACAGACGUUUUAGUAAAAUACAGCGAGACAGACGAACAAGAAAGCAGAAAGCAGAGGUGCCUGAUCUGUAAACUGCCCAUCUUUUCCCCUCCGUCAUGUACUGUAAGUGUUCUCUGAAGAAUGCAUGUCGACGACUUAUUUGGACAGGCACGUUUUUUAAGAGAGGAUCGAGAAAAGUGUCAAAAGUGGUCAGAGAAAGAAAACAAUAAGAAGCAGAAGAUAUGAAGUAAAGCAUCUCUUCUCUUAAAGAAGAGGGCCGUCAGAUGAAGGACCGUGUAUGCAAAGCAAAGGAAGGUUUUCAGUGAAGUCGGUGAUGGUAAAUUGAAGGUGAAUUUGUUUAUUCUUGAGAACAUGUCUUCCAGUAACCUUGCAAACAGCACUUGCAGUGUCAAUCAGUCCAAUAGUGAAUCUCUUUUCACUGAGAAGUGGCCCUUAAGUUGGUUCAGAUGAGUAGUAGAGUGUCACUUUAUGGAGCAGAAGCUGCAACCAAGGAGUGUCUUUAAACUGUAACCCUCAUUGCUGCUAUUUGCUAGCAUUGCAUUGGCUUGAAAAGGUACACUGUUGCUCGCAAUAGACGCAAUGAUGUUGCACAGAAAUGUAAGGAUAUGAAUGUACAGGGUGUGUGUUGGAGUGACUGGUAGCCAUUGUAACAUGGUUUACUGAAUCGUCUCUCUAUGCUCAGUGAAAUCAACUCAGAUAUUGUACGUGAGCGCGCACAGGAGACUCACUUUUUGGGUACAAAAAAACUGGAUUAACAAUCUCAUUGAAACCUACAGGUUGCAGAUUGUUUUUUAAAGCCCUCUGAUACUGUAAAUAUCAUGAAUGUACAACUGGAUAUUUCACUUCCUGUGAAGCCAAAAAAGGCUUUUUGACUUUAAACCGCUGUAAUUGGUUAAGAUGCGUUGUAACAGACAUGUACAGUAUUCAGUACUGUAAUGAUGAGGGCAUUGUUCGGGGUGGAGAAACAAUUACAAUCUGCUGUAUUAUGUAAUUAUUCUAAACUUGAGUUUUGCUUCCUUGCACAAAAAAAACAAAACAUUUUGUUUCCUUUUUGCAUGGUUCACCUUUUCUUCUGUCUGUGCCUUUUGAGGACAUUUUUCAAGACGAUGUUGCUAAUAGAUUUACAUAGUUUUUUGAAGGUGCGUUCUAUGUCUACAUCUGACAUAUUCUCUUGACUUGUAAAUGUUGUAAUUAUAUAGUGAUAAUUUGUAUUCAUGUGCCACUCACCACUCUUUUUCAGAUUGAUACUAUGAGAACUAUUUUAUACUGUUUUAUCAAAAAAGAACUUGUGAUUGCUUUUAGGUGUCCUGUUAGAAAAGCAGUAUAGCACAAUGCUUUGUAUGGUACGCAGGCCAGGUUUGGGAAUACUUUGUUAAUGUAAUGCUUUUUUUUUAAUGCAAUGGUGUUUUGUUUGAGUUCUCCGUUUUUUUUGUUAGUCCCGAUAAGUCCAUUGCUUUUCAAUCUGCUUUAAAAUGGCUUUUUCUAUGGUUGUAAACUGUCUUCCUAACUUAAACUAAAUGGUGAGCAUUAUGAGCAAUAUUAACUUAUUUACCAAUACCUGCUGAUUUGUGUUUUGUUUUGCUUCACAAAUCGUUUCACUCUAUAGCUGCUCGUGCCAUUCUAGAUUUCAAAAAAUAAUAAUUAAAACAGUACAUUAAACUGUAAAAUUUGUCACCAACCCAUUUCUUGUAGCUCUUAAGUUUUGAAUCAUUAGGGCUAUCCAAUGCGAUGUAGUCACUAUAAACAGCAAUAAAAAUGGCUUUGGCAGUGAUGCAGUCUCAUGAAAUUUCUUAUUUUAAAUUACGUUUAUUUCUUCUCAUUCCAUUUAUAUCAUUUCUAAAAAAAAAAAAAAAAAAGAAAUCACGUGUUCUAUGCCUACAGUGUAUGCUGCUGAUGUCUUAGCUGCCAUUGUGUACAUACUGUGCUGUAAAUAAAAAAAUUGACAUUAAAAUAAUCCAUUCUUAUCCA